UCACAGUCCCUGCUCUAGAGGAAGUCACACAAGGUCCAGGCGAUCUGACCGGGGACAGACACACGGGCAGACACGGGCCCAGGCUCUGCCAGCUCAGGUUCAUGCACCGGCACCCAGUGAGCUCCAAUACUGCGCUCUACUCACCUCCGGCCAUUCCAGGCUUACUUCGUUCCAAAAUGGCAUCUUCCUUUUAUCAAGUUUUCCUAGUUAUUAGCCUCUGGGCUCUGAUGUAUUGUGUGUCCCCACCCAGUCCCCCCAGCAAAGGAGCUCCCAGCAAAGGAGCCCCCCGCCCACCCUCCGCGAGGAGCACCCCUGCCUCCCAGGUGGCCGCCAGCAACACCGACUUCGCCUUCCGCCUGUACCGGAGGCUGGUGUUGAAGACCCCGAGUGAGAACAUCUUCUUCUCCCCCGUGAGCGUCUCUGCUUCCCUGGCCAUGCUCUCCCUCGGGGCCCGCUCGGCCACCAAGAGCCAGCUCCUCCAGAGCCUGGGGUUCAACCUCACGCGCAUGCCCGAGUCCGCCGUGCAGCAAGGCUUCCAGCACCUGGUCCACGCGCUCGGCGUCCCCAGCGAGGACCUGGACCUGAGGAUGGGGAGCGUCCUCUUCGUCAAAAGGGAGCUGCAGCUGCAGACGAGCUUCCUGGACAACGCCAAGCGGCUGUACGGGUCGGAGGUCUCCCCCACGGAUUUCUCCGACAGCCCCACCGCCCGGAAGAGGAUCAACAGCUACGUGGAGAAGGAGACCAAAGGGAAGGUUGUAGACUUAAUUCAGGACCUUGAACCUCAGACAGCCAUGGUCCUGGUGAACUACAUCUUCUUUGACGCCAAGUGGGAGAAGCCCUUUAACCCGACGUAUACGAGUAAAAUGUACCCGUUUGUGGUGGGCAAGACCACGGUGAAGGUCCCUAUGAUGCACCAGGUGGAGCAGUUUGCUUUUGGCGUGGAUCCGGAGCUGAACUGCUCUGUGCUGCAGAUGGACUACAAAGGAGGCAGCGCGGCCCUCUUCGUCCUCCCCCGCCCAGGCCAGAUGCGGCAGCUGGAGCAGGCCUUGUCCUCCAGGACCCUGAGGAAGUGGAGCCACUUACUCAAGAAGAGGUGGAUAGAGGUGUUCAUCCCUAAGUUUUCCACAUCUACCUCCUAUGACCUGGAAACCGUGCUCCCGAAGAUGGGCAUCCGGGACGCCUUUGACAAAAACGCUGACUUUUCUGGAAUCACAAAGAAAGGCUUCCUGAAAGUUUCCAAAGUCACCCACCAGGCGGUGGUGGAUGUCAGUGAGGCGGGCACCAAGGCCGCGGCGGCCACGGCCACCAAGCUCACCGCCCGCUCCAAGGACGGCUCCUCUCGCACCAUCUGCUUCAACAGGCCCUUCCUGCUGCUGAUCGUGGGCAGCGCCGCGCAGACCACGCUCUUCCUGGGCAAAGUGGAAGAUCCCACCCAGUUCCCGGCGGGGAAAGGCCUUUCGCGGAUGACACGAUAACAACGCACAGGAAAUAAACAAACCGCGUGGCGUGGCCUGCAGAUCCCGGGGACAUGGGGCCGGGCCUCUGUGUGAGGGUCCAUCUGACCCCGUGGAGCUGCAUGUGCUGCCCCGAGGCCACUUUUGAGGCUCAGUCACCCCAAUCAGCAGAGAUCCGGUCACGGACCAAGCCCCUGAGCCCGGCACGCCCCCUUCCAUGCUCUCCCAGGCGGCUGGCUUGCUGGGGUGUGUCUGGGAUGGCAUAUUUCCAUUCCUUAGCCCCUGGGGUGGUGACAUGCAGGCCAGCGGCCUGUACUUCAGAAUCAC